ACACACAGUCCCCAGCUAUCUCUGGCAUACCCUCUCAGUAAGAUGGGAAAUGCCUCUGAAACAUAUUUGUUUAUGUCCAGAAUAUCCAAAGAGAAUGACUUUCUCAUGGGGACAAUCUAUGCCAUUUUUGGUAUACUGUCUGUGAUGGGAAAUGGGAUCCUGCUGUUUGUAGCCUAUAGAAAGAAGGCCUCCCUGAAGCCAGCAGAGUUCUUUGUGGUUAACUUAGCCAUCAGUGACCUAAGCAUGACCAGCACCCUCUUCCCGCUGGCCAUCCCUUCAGCCUUCGCUCACAAAUGGCUGUUUAAUCAGACAGCCUGUACUGUCUAUGCUUUCUGUGGUGUUCUCUUUGGCCUAUGCAGUCUGACCAACCUCACGGUGCUCUCCUCUGUCUGCUGGCUCAAGGUCUGCUGCCCAAACUACGCAUCAGGUAACAAGUUCUCCUACUGCCACGCCUGCCUGCUGGUUGCAGGAAUCUGGUGCUAUGCCACAGUGUUUGCUGUGGGUCCCCUGUCUGGCUGGGGCCAGUACGGAUCAGAGCCGUAUGGCACAGCAUGCUGCAUCAACUGGCAUGCGCCCAGUUACAGCACCGCAGCUAUGAGCUACAUCAUCUGCCUCUUCUUCUUCUGCUAUAUAGUGCCCUGCACAGUCAUCUUCCUGUCCUACACCUUCAUCCUAAUGACUGUAAGGGGCUCCAGGCAGGCCGUGCAGCAGCAUAUGUCCCCACAGAACAAGAUCACCAAUGCACAUGCGCUCAUCGUUAAGCUCUCCGUGGCGGUGUGUAUCGGUUUCCUCACAGCAUGGAGUCCAUAUGCAAUUGUGUCCAUGUGGGCAGCCUUUGGUGACCCAUCGGACGUGCCACCUAUAGCAUUUGCCAUGGCAGCCAUCUUUGCCAAGUCCUCCACUCUUUACAACCCCAUCAUCUAUCUGGCCUUCAAGCCCAACUUCCGCAAGUCCCUGUGUCGGGACAUGGCCCAGUGCAGAAGGACACUCUGUGCAUGUCUGUGUCAGCAAGGCUGCACCCAGAAGGGAACCAGCAUGCAGUCUCAGCGCAAAGAAGAGUGCAAUUCUACAAGGCUGUCAAAUGGGCUACCAGAGAACCAUGGGACCUGCAGGCACUGUCCUUGCCCUGAGACAGGCUGUGGUCCAGGGGCAAACUGCCCAGAUUACACCCCCCAGCAGACUGCCAGAAUACUUACAGGAUCAACACAUAGCGAGGUGGCUGUCAGUCAGCUCUCCAAUGAGAUGCAGAGUGACUUCCUCUAG